CAUAACAAUCUCAAAUCAUCUUCACUCAUUUCCACAUUCUAAAUUUUCUCUCUUUCUUUCACAAGUUUCAAAAAAAUCAUCCCAACACAAAAAACAUCUGCACUAUGUACGGAUACAACAAUCAUCGUAUGGAGAACAAUUCUAAUUAUGUGUAUAACCAUUUUCCCACUCCUUUACCUUUGGCCAUUCCUUCAGUAAAUAUUGAAUUUGACUCACUAUCCCCAUUGAAGUCAGAAUUUGGUUAUAGUAGUAGUAGUUACGAUUCUCCUGCCAGUUCAGUUACAAGCUAUCAUCCAACAACUUUGCUUCAAAGAAGCAUAAGUAGUCACUCACUUGUCAGAAAUAUGGACGGAUUUUGUCCACUUGUUUCUUCUCCCACUGGUUUUAUUGACUCGGAAACUAGCUCCGUCAGAAAGGUUUCAAGCACCGGCGAUUUGCAGGUAAUGCACCUACUGAUGCAACAUAAUCACAGAUCAGAAAGCACUUUAUCUAGUGAGAGUAACAGUAUAAUCGAAGGAAUGAAUAAAGCUUGCAGAUACAGUCCUGAAGAGAAGAAAGAGCGGAUUGAAAGAUACAGAAGCAAGAGAAAUCAAAGAAAUUUUAACAAGAAGAUCAAGUAUGAGUGCAGGAAAACUUUGGCAGAUAGUAGACCUCGCAUAAGAGGAAGGUUUGCAAGAAAUGAUGAAAUUGAGAGGAAUCCUCAGAACGAAUAUUGGAAUCAAUCAAGAUUAGAGGAAGGGGAAGAGGAUGAUGAGAAUUGGAUUGGAUUUCUUGAUGCCUUUUCAUCAAACCUUAUUCCAUAAUCAUAUGUAUUCAAAGUAAAGGGAGAAAAACUUUAGAAAAAGAAAAAGAAGAAAGAGUUCCUCAAGUUUUAUUGUUAAGGAAGUCUUUAAUUGUGUGGCAGUUAUGUGCUUCCUAAGUUUUAUUAGUGAUGUUUAAUCAAGAAUUUGUUUUAGGAUUGAGAUUAGGCAAUUAUGUACAUGUGGCUUAUUUGCAUAAUGAUUAAAAAAUGUCCAUUAUUUGGAGCUUCUAU